AUGCCCGAGGCAAAAAGAGUCAUUCUGCGACUUGCAGAGACUGAUAUGAAUUACCUUGAUCCUUAUGAGCCAGUUCGGUUAUAUCUCGAGAAAACCAACCAAUCGCUCCAAGACCUGGACGACAAUCAUCAUUUCAUUCAUAUACAACCUCCAAACCCUGAGAUUCCCCAAGUCAAGCCGAAAAUACAUGUCGUGAUUGAUUUUGAGAAAGAAAAGUUUGCAGGCUCAACUCUGAAAGGACAUCCCGAUUUCCCUCACGAGUUUUAUCGCCUUCAUCGCGACGGGGAUGAAUUGUAUGUGGAUACCUCUGGUCCAUAUUACCUUGCUAAUGUCGAUUAG